AGCCACUGCAAGGCACAGCAGCUCCACAACCAGCUCCUCCCCCCCCAUCUCUAUCUCUCCCCUGCCUUACUCUCUGCCUGGCAGAGCCAUUGCAAGGCACGGCAGCUUCACAACCAGCUCCUCUCCCCCCAUCUCCGUCUCUCCCCUGCCUUACUCUCUGCCUAGCAGAGCCACUGCAAGGCACGGCAGCUUCACAACCAGCUCCUCUUCCCCCAUCUCCGUCUCUCCCCUGCCUUACUCUCUGCCUGGCAGAGCCACUGCAAGGCACGGCAGCUUCACGACCAGCUCCUCUCCCCCCGUCUCCAUCUCUCCCCUGCCUUACUCUCUGCCUGGCAGAGCCACUGCAAGGCACAGCCACUGCAAGGCACGGCAGCUUCACGACCAGCUCCUCUCCCCCCAUCUCCGUCUCUCCCCUGCCUUACUCUCUGCCUGGCAGAGCCACUGCAAGGCACGGCAGCUUCACAACCAGCUCCUCUCCCCCCAUCUCCGUCUCUCCCCUGCCUUACUCUCUGCCUGGCAGAGCCACUGCAAGGCACGGCAGCCCCUAA